AUGGAGCUAUUUAGUUGUAUAUUGGCUGAUUGGGAUAUUUCGUUGUUCUAUAAUUUGGAAUCGAUCGAAAUCGGCGAUAAUUGUUUUAAAUCAGUGAAGACAUUCAAAAUAAAUGGAUUGGAUCGAUUGGAAACUAUCAAAAUCGCAGAAAAUUCGUUUACGCAAGUGACAAAUCAGUAUGUUAUUUUUGAACUUGAUAAAGCAGUACCAGCUGCAUAUAGAGCAGAUAAGUCUUUUUCCAUAACAAGUUGCCCAUCACUGAAAAGUAUUGUAAUUGAAAGAUAUUGUUUUGCGGAUUUUGCUGGGUCUUUUGAGUUGAAGGAAUUGCCUUCACUGACCUCUUUAAAGAUAGGUGUGUGUGAUACCGAUACUUGCUGCUUUCUCUGGAAUUCCUUUGUUAUCGAGAACCUUCCACAACUAGAGGAGAUCGAAUUAGGUAGAUGGGCUUUUUCGCUGUCGUUAUCAACGAAAAUUAACAAUCUUCCUCAAUUAAAAGUAUUAAAACUUGGAUGGGGUGCAAUCAGUGGCAGUUAUCAGAGUGAAACGUCUAAACUUGAAAUGCGAAAUUUACCUAGUUUGCAUUCUAUAACGCUUUAUGGAGACGAUAACUUUUGUGAUGUCAAAGAAUUAGUUUUAGAGAAUAUCAUGAAUGUUCAAAAUGUUAACAUUAUUAAAGAUCAAAAUUCAUCGUUAUUCAAUAAUCUGAAAAGAAUUAGUAUAACAAACGUCUCUAGUAAACUUACUGACCUUUUCAAGCAUGAUAAACAUUUUCAGUAAAAGAUAAUCCGAUUUUGUGAAGAAGUACAUUCGAUUUGAGUUGGAACUGCUUAUGAUUGCAUUUUCGAUUC